AUGCCUGCCGGAGUGCGCCGAUGGACGGAUUGGGAGAGGUCGCAUGUGCAAGCAGCCAUUGCCAUGGCGGAAGGCUGGACAGAGUCGGCAGAACUGGCUUGGGAGGGUCUGUUGAAAAGGGCUCCGCAAGACCUCUUGUCGGCCAGCUCGCUCUUUCUCUCCAACCUGCUCAGUGGCCAAUUCACGCGCUUGUACGCCAAUAUGGACAAGGCUGCCAGUGGCUGUCGCUCUAGCAAUCCGUACUAUCCGUACUUCCUAACAAGACCCCCUCUUCAUACCGGUGCCGUUACGCCUCUUAUUUCUCAUUUAGACAAUUUUAGUUAUCUCCUACUCGACGCUACAGUUAUGCUCGUAACGAGCCAUGGCAGCAGGCUUAACGCUUUCGGUGGCUGCGAGAUUGGCGCAUACGCGGCCGCCGAGCAAGACUGCGCUGAAGCCUUUACCAUUUGCCCGUCGGAUCCUAUGGGCGCGCAUGCCAUGGCACAUUUGUACGAGUACACCUACCGUCCCGACUUGGGCGCCGAACUGUUCGCCAGCCAGCGUGAGGGCUCCAUGUUCGGUUCUCGGCGCACCGAAUGGCUGAGCUGCGGCCCACUCUAUGCUUGCCACAUUGCCUGGCACGAGUCAAUGUUCUACUCUGCUUUGGGAGACUGGAGCAAGGCUCUGGAAAUCUGGGACGCCAACAUUUGGCCGCAUUGCGUCCUCUACAAAGAGGAUUGCUCGAAGCGUCGUGUUGGUCGCUUUGAGCUGAGCGACACAGCAGGAUUGCUUUUCAGGCCUUAUCAACGCCCCAGCGGGACUCGAACCAUGACAGUUCAGCGUAUGAUCUCGACAAGUCGACCACUACACCACAUUGCCACGAGUGCCCUUGAGUCGCAGGGCAGAUGCAAAUUUCAAGGAAGGCCAGGCAUUUUCCCAUAG